CUGUCUACACUAAACAGAAUCCAAAGCUACUCUUUCUCCAAAAAUUUGCUUCUGAGGUGAGCUAGCUCUAUGGCUGAACUGCAGCUGAACCCUACGCAUCCACGAGCGCCGCUGCCAGACGUCGCUACACCGGCGAUGAGUGGAAGCCUGAACAUUCCGGUGAAUCAAAGUUCUGCCGUCGGCGAUGGCAGACUUCAAGAUGCCACUCAAUAUGUUCCUGUUAAUCAUAAGAGCCUCCUUCAACAAUAUGCACAAAAAGCACGCUUGCCACUCCCAGAGUAUGCAAUAGUCAAUGAAGGUUAUCCACAUGCGCCACAAUUUAGAGGCACAGUCUCAGUAGGCGGAGAGAAGUAUACUUCUCCUAACACAUUUGCACACCGGAAGGCUGCAGAACAGGAUGCUGCGAGACAUGCAAUGGAGAGCAUGCCUCCAAUAACAAAGAAAGAGGAACUACAGCUACUUAAUAAUAUUCAUGAGGAUAAAAUGUUUUGCAAGUCCAUCCUAAAUGAGCUUGUGAUGAAGAUAAGUGUAGAAAAUCCAACUUAUCAUACUGUCCAGCCUGAUGCAUCAGCUCAUGCUUUCAAGUCUACAGUUGUUUUUAAUGGUUGUUCUUAUAUUGGGGAGGCUGGAAGAAGCAAAAAGGAGGCUGAACGAUUAGCAGCUCGUGCUGUAAUUGCCUCACUGUUGGAGUCUGAACAUAAAACCAUCCUCUCAGAGAUAAUCCAAUCUAAGGUCAAGCUUUAUGCUAGCAUUAUUAAAGUCAAGGAUUGUAGCCCUAUUAGCACGGGAGACAUGCUUAUUGGAGUAACUGGGAAGGAGGUUUUAAUGGAAAAUAACACUGCUAGUCAGCAAUCAAGCAUUGUCCAACAUACAGCUACUCCAGUUACACAACUUCCUCAACUUCCUCACCAUGAAUUCAAGAAACCAGUUCUUGAACAUUCAGAACCUAUACAAGCAAUUAUACCUCCAACAUGUGUGCCCACACCAGUGCAGCCCAAUAUGAUUGUAUUUGUGCAGCCGACAGGUGAAAAGAAACGGAAACGGAAAUCCAAGAAUAAGGCUAAGAAACAUAGUCAAGUUGGUUCACAGGUACCUAUGGUUCUGGCGCACCCAAGUCAAGUUUCUUGAUUUCCUCAGCAUUGAGUGGAUUAAGCCACUAAUCCUAGGACAGCUAUAAUCUGCAUUCGAGCUUCUCUCUUCUGCAAUCUCCCGGCAUGAGGGUCGGUUAAGCGUGCUGAUUAUCACUACAUGAUAAACUGUUCUGAAUGUCACCCCUGCAUCUGGCAGCCUAGGCUACUAUGUACUUGAGUUUUGUGAAUAUGUACUUGGUGUUGGUCAUAACUGGAUUUUUUUUAUUUUUUUAUUUUUUUUUUGGUAGUGAAUUGAAACAAGUUGGCUUUUUAUGUCAUGUCAUUUAGGGUGUUA